UUGUCCGAAUGGUGAGCGUUGCAGUUCGGAGACAGGGACAGGGACCCCCACGUCGCGGGGCGGGGGCGAGCAUCCAGAAAAGAAUUAUCCUCGACUAUGGAUAUCCAGCUCGGCGGUAUUAUUUACCUGCUUUUUUAUUUCCAUGCUGGAGCCUUCCACCUGGAGGAUCGUGAAAAGCGGCGAGGAGGGCAGAGAGGCACGCAGAAGCAGAAAGGGAGGAUAUGCAUGCAGCUGCAAUCAUACCAACAGUCCAAGAGGGGUGCAAGGGUAUUUAUCAAUAGAGUAUUUUGUUGGAUUGGUUAUCAAGCGAGGGGCCAGGAGGGGAUGCCAGAUGCAGCGUGCAUAAAGGUAAACAGAUGUGGUUGCAUUAUUAUUCAAGAUGUGUUGUGCAUGUUGGGAUGAGAAGGUGGAUGAGAAGGUGGAGGAGGAGGGACUGGUGAGAGAGAUGGUGAGGGGCUAAAGUAGUGCGGUGCAAGCAAGAUAUUAACGGCC